GGGAGAGGAGCACGGGAAGCAGGCGAUGAAAGACAUCCUCGCGGCAGACGGCAAGGCUGUAGAUCAGGCCGAGCGACAGCUGGGGAAGGUGAAGCAGGAGGUCUCUUCAUCCAAGCAUCAGAAGGGGAAGCUCUCAGAUCGCAUGCUCUUGGUGCAGGAGCACAUCGACCAGCUCCACCAAGAGUUCCAUGCGGCUCAGGCUCAGGUGGUGGCGGCAGCCAAGGCUCAUGUCCUUGCGUCCAAGAAGCUCGAAGAGGCAACCGCUGCAAACCUCCGAGCUCAGACUCAGCUGGACAAGAUGAGGAAGGAGGAGGUGGACACGCUUAAACGCGAGCUCAAAGAGGCGCAAGGGGCCCAGCUGCAGUCGUCGAGCAAGUUCGAGGAGGCCAGCAGGAAGCUGCAAGGCAUCACUGGGCGGAGGACGGCGCUUGAGGUUCAGAUCUCUCGCCUCAAACUUGAGCUGCAGCGGGAGAAGAUGAAGAAGGAGGAUGAGGUGAACAAGGCGAAGACGACGGACCUGCUGAACAAGCGACUUGAGCGGACGCUGGAGGAGGAGAAAGUGGCGCUGAAAGAGGCGAAGCUGGAGCUCGCCAUGAAAGGAAAGACUCUGAGCGAUCAAGAAGGAGGCAGGGGAAGGAGCGAAGACGAUGAGCAGGAGGCUGCAAAGGGAACAAGGCAGGAAGAGGACGAGGAUGAAGACGACGGAAGUUAUCAUUCUGCCCUCGCCAAGGAGAUGAAGAGACAGAAGCGAAUGGAGGAGGAGCAACAGGUUGCCGUACACUCUGCUCAUGAAGAAGCUGCGAACAUCGCCAAGGCUCAAGAGGAGGUGGAGAAGCAGCUAGAGCAGGUGAACGCGCUUCAAGGGUCGCACAGUUAAAAACUCUUGGCAUACAUAUGAAGUGUUAUGCAACAC